AUCGCUGUCCUCGCUUGCUUGUGGCUCGCGUUCUCUUUCUCUCUCACUCGCUUUCAUUCUCACUCUCUGUCAACACAUGUUAAUUUCAGUUCAGAGAACAUAGUGUGUGGAUAUAAAAGACCUGCAGAACUGUUUGGUCCGUGCCUGUACGAAACGUGUUGAUAGGCCAAUGAUGCGUGUGAGACAUGACCAACAAGGCCCCCUGGGAUAACUCAAGCAGAAUGUGCAGCAUGGAGCCAGCAGCUGGCUGCUCCCCCACAGUUCCAGAGCCGGAGCUGUACCGCAGCAUCCAGGCUGUACUGCCGAGGGAAACAGACAACCAGCAGCCCACUGACUGUUUCAACAAAGGCAUGCUGAGAUGGACGCUUCAUAAGAAGGUUCAGAACAAUCCUGCCAACAGCUUAUCUCUGCUGUGGGUUCUGAUAAAGGAGCUGGAAAAGGCUGAGAGGUGGGACUCUCGUAAAUGCAUCAUCCCUCUGCUCCACACUCUCAUGUAUGCCAUCAUUCAGACAGCCUACAUUCCAGAUGAGCUGUACAAGCGGGUGUAUGACUUUUGUAAGAGACUCCUGACCUACCCUCAUCCUUACUGCACCGUAGGACUCAGCUACACAAGACAAAUAAAAACUGAACGCUCUAUUCCAGGUCUGAUGUACCAGAGGAUGGUUGCAGCAGAGCAGAGAUUAAAAAAUGAUCACUAUCCCUUUCAGGAGAGGGUUUUUGUUCUGGCUGACCCAGAGGUUUUCUGCGGUUCCCUGGGACAAGUCCUGCUGGGUGAUAUUGAGGCAUCAGCCACAGCUUCAAGUCCUCUAGAUCUCAUGCGCAGUGUGGUCCAGCACUCAAUCCAGGCUACUUUAGGAUCAGAGCAAUGCCACGGGCUGAAACUGGCUCAGGCGCUGAAGGACAUGGGUCAAGACGUUGAGCCGUACUUUCAGGAAGUGUUGGCGACUCUCGAGCAGAGCGCGGAGGAGGGCGGCAGGGGGGAGGGGGAGGCGCUGAGAGCCCGUCUCCAGCAGCUGUACAGCGAGAUCGUCACCGACACAGACUCAGAGCUAUUGUCCAGUGGUCAACUGUGUGACUGCCCUCUUCCUAACCCAGAGAUGAGCUUCCACCUGUGGACGGAGGAUCUGGAUAUCUGGCGAGAGCUGGCCAGGUGGUUUCGAUCCAGCUCCAUGUCGGAUCAGUUCUCCCUCCACCAGGAGCAAGAGGACUUUGAGCUGGGUGAAUCGCCCAGCGACCUGAUGCCACCUGACAUGACUCGCUUCUCCGUGAUGUCCAACGACAGCGGUAUCGAAAGAGACCUGCCCCCCAACGCGGAUCCCUCUCCAUCGUCAUCUCUGGACACCGCCAGCAUGAGUACAUCAUGGGAACAAUGCAAGAGUGAGCAAGAGUCAGGCAAGCUGUUACGGCGUGGAGGAAUCAAGAUGAAACCAUCUCCGAAGGACACUAUGGUGCUUAUGCAGGAUACCCUGGAGGAUCACGCAAGCCUCGGAGGAGGAGGAAGUGGAGGGAGGGGUGGAAGAAGAGGGGCGACUCUGCAGAGGCGGGCAGGAAGCAGCGCAAUGCAGAACCCCUUCACCAAGCAGCAGCGACACUUUACUGCCAAAAUAGUUGCCAUGGGGGAUGACAGGGUACUGGGCCGCUUGGCCAAGGCCUACUAUUUCUUCAGGAAAAGGGAAGCGAGGAGGAUUUUUCUUACAAUGAAAGUCAACCUCCAGUUUUACUACAUCCCUGUCUGCAAGACUCCAACUCACAUGUCUUCUGUCAAGGAAAACCAUCCCAUCAGUCAGUUCAAGGGGAAUCCCUGCUCUCUUGGUUCCUAUUUGAGCAUGGUGGACCCAUGGUACAACUGUAACAUCAGGAGCUUAGGCUCUAUGAUCCCCAAACUGGCUAAGAUGGCGAACCCAGGAAGGUCAAAAGAGCCCUUUGUCUCUGAUGUCAUUUCCUACUACGUCCGUACUGGCCAGCAGCCGGUCUACUUCAGCAUCUACUUUGUUAAGCUCACAUUCAACAGCACCACGAAGGAUCCUGUGGAAGAUGUGUUCCUCACCCAUCUAGAGAUGGAGUUUCCUGAGUUCAGACAGAUCUCAGCGUCAGUUAGAGAUAAAUCUAGGAGGAGCUCUGGGGAGGUAUGCGGAGCUGUCAUCUCGAUGAAUUACAAAAAGGUGACAUUAAGUGGCCGAGACAUUGACACAGGAACCUCAGUCAGAACGUCAGGUGCUCAGAUCAGUGCUAUUCCUUCCAGUGAAGCAGAAGAUCUGAACUGUUUGACACUGACGUUGAAUGAAUCUCCAACCAAAAGCAAAAACAGCAAUGUGGAGUCAAAGAUUCGAACCAGCAACAUUAAGAUUCGCACUUUGGAGAGUCGAUCUUUAACUGUCACACUGGACAGAGAUUGUCGCAGGACCUACAAAAAUGUGCAGAGCAUCGAGAUCUCCCCGUGUCUUGAUCCUGGAUACUGCGUCCAGAAAACCAUUAGGUCCAAAUUCAACCUGAAUUUGGAAGAGGACAAAAACGCGGGACUGAGCAAAUACAUGAGCAAAGGACUUCCUCUACCGAUCAACACAUUCGCUGGAAUCAUCAACUGACAUGAAGGAGUUAUGCCACACAGAAAAUUGAGAAUUAGGACUAUCUAUGCUGUGUUUCGAUAGCAGGAAUGGUUGUUGCUUCUGUGAUUACAGAAGUCUAGUCUGACGCAUGAAAAGUCAAAUGGAAUAACCUUCGAGUCAUACUGAGCUGCUCCUGAAACCAAACAUUUUUCACUCUGCGAGUCAGGGCUGACUGCCACGUGUGGAAAAAGACUAUGAACCAAAAUCAACUUGAGGCCAGAUACAACAAACAUUGUACUGGUGUCACCUCUUGCAGUUGAUGGAAUAACCCAUCAGCUGCGUUUACAGUAACAGGAACAAAAUUUUAUCACACUGCACAGUUUGACUGAACUCCUGCCAGUGUAUUGCUCUGGAUGAGUAAACAACUGUGCAUACUCUAAGACAGUCAGUCAAUAUAUGCAGAUUGGAAUAAUGCAAAAAGAACAAUAUUGCAAGCCACACUGGAGAGAGUGGCGGGAGGGGGGAAAGAAAAACAAAUAAGCAGUGAUAUGCACCUGUAUAUAGUAAAGAUAUCAGGACUACUUGGAUCACUAAACAAGUGACAUUAUCAUGAAAACUCUGCAGACAGUCUGGAAAAUCUGCAUUCACCACUUAGUGAAGCAGAUUUGAAAGGUUGAUUGUAACAGUUACUUCAUAGACACACUACCUUUUACUGCCUCGACACACACACACACACACACACAGUAUGCACAAAAUAAUACAUACAGUCCCUCCCAGCCUGUCAGCUAUUGAUACAUGGAGAUUGUUGAAGGACGGGUACGAUGACAGCUGACAGUUCACUGUUGCCUUUCUCUUCUCUGAAUCAUUCAAAUAACUUGUUAUUCCUGUACCUGUUACAUACAGUAAGAUACUAAGAAGGUGCAAAAGAUUGAUAUUAUCCUUGGGUUUAGUAUUUGGAAACAUUCUAGAAAUUAUAUAAUUACACUAUGCUGAGCACAGAAGCUAGAGCCGAGUGCAAUGUUAGAACUUACUACAGAACAGAAGCAACUUUUGUGUUAUACAGUAUCAGACAGACGUGAAUAAUACACAGACCAAGCUACAGAAAGUAGCUGUUGGACGUCAGGCCACUGACUGCUCACCAGAGUUGCAUGACUGUGUUUCAUUCUUGAUGGUAUACAAGACAAAGAGCUAAGCUUGGGGACAGUCAAAAAUGAAACUUGUACAAAUGGCAGGAAACGUUUGAAAUGAAUCAGCUUUGGGGUGUGAAACUCACCAAGACCCCCUUCCAUUCAAUGUGGUGUUUUGCGUAAGUGUGCUGAACUUGAUGUAUUUGCACUAAAACUGCAGGGUCGUUUAUAGUUUCAUUGUGAAAGAGGAGCACCGGUGCAGCAGUUGUGUGUAAAGCAUUUAAUAAGACUUAUGACUACAUGUGUAAUUAUAUCCCUACUGUACAUGGCGUGAUUAUGGAAACUCUCCCAUAACAUAAAGUCAUGUUAUGAUGUUUUCUAAAUCAUAGAGGGCUGUUCAAGAUCUGACACAACUAUUGGUUAUGUUGUUAUUUAUGGAGCAGACAAAGGUCAUGCUUUUAAAAAAAAAAAAAAAGUUUCGCAAUCACAUAAUUACUAUAUUGUCAAAAAUAGUUCAGGUGCUUAUUUUGGAUGCAUCCUCUGAGAUCAGGUAUGAUCUCAGGCAGCAAAGGCUGACAGCCUUCGGAAGUGAUGUGUUAUUGGAUGCAUGACAUAAAAUGUCAUGUGAGCGUGUGUGCCUGUGUGUCUGCUGGCCUGGCAGGGUAAAAUCAUGAGUUGGAAAUUCAUGAUCAAUUUUGCACAUUAUUUUCACAUUAUGUCAUAUAUAAAGAGGACGCCAUUAUAAAUUGAAAUGUAAUUGUGUAAAUAAGUGAUUUUGUUUUGUUAAAAAGUGCAUUUUAUAAUAAAUCUGCUUGAAUCAA